GUGAGGGAGAGAAAGUAUUUACGCUGCUUUGACUCUUGGAUAGUGAACCUCAUCACUGAACAGCGGUGGCACAAACUAAACGGACUCAACUAAAACUCCUCUUAAAGUUUACGUUUUGCUUUGUUGGACGCGUUUUCUUCGAGUCGAGAAGUUGGUGGAAACAAGGUGUUUCACUUCACAACCUCUGCUGAGUGACCCCUCCCCCCUCCUUCCUCCCCACACACACUGACUCCGACGUCCUCCGUGAUGUCCUCUCAGGCCACGCCCAUCCAGGGGUCAAGACCUGUGACCCCUCCGCUGAAUUCUGCAGGAUCCAUGCGCUCUCCGGUGUCACUUGGUAAAGAGUCCCUGCAGCCUCCAGUCUGCAGACACAGAGACCGCUCGCCUUCCCCCAUGAGAGGCUACCUCAUCCCCAGCCCUCUGCCCACCCGCAGAAACAGGACCUGCUCAGCGACGGCUCGAGCAUCGGAGGGUCCCGUGUAUACUGGUGUGUGUAAAUAUUUUUCCCGCUCCAAAGGCCAUGGCUUCAUCACGCCAUCGGACGGGGGCAACGACAUCUUUGUCCACAUCUCAGACAUUGAGGGCGAGUAUGUGCCGGUGGAAGGCGACGAGAUGAGCUACAAGGUUUGCUCCAUCCCCCCCAAACACGAGAAGGUCCAGGCGGUGGAGGUGACCAUAACCCAUCUCAACCCGGGAACCAAACACGAGACCUGGUCAGGACACGUUGUCAGCAGCUGAAUGCUGACCCUCACAGGGGGUGGGG